AUGGUUGUUCCUAAGUUUGCCGGCAUGUCCGGCAAAAUGCUGGGGCGUGCUGUAACUACAACUGCUACAAUGGGAUUCCUCCUUUUUGGUUAUGAUCAGGGUGUCAUGAGUAGUAUUAUUGAUGCCCCAGCCUUCACUGACGUCCUCACUGAACUGAGAGAAGACGCGACACUGCAGGGCACUGUUACUGCAAUUUACGAAAUCGGCUGUCUUUUCGGUGCUAUAUUCAUGCUCAUCUGGGGUGAUUGGCUUGGUCGUCGCAAGGGUAUCAUCAGUGGCGCUACUAUUAUGAUUCUCGGUGUGAUCAUUCAAGUGACUUCGUACGCCGGAAAACAGCCUCUCGCACAGUUUACAAUCGGGCGUAUCAUUACCGGUGUGGGAAAUGGAAUGAAUACCUCGACCAUCCCCACCUACCAGGCUGAGUGCUCCCGAACAUCUAACCGUGGUCUUUUGAUUUGCAUCGAGGGUGGAACUAUUGCCUUUGGUACCCUCAUUGCGUACUGGAUUGACUUCGGUGCCUCGUAUGGUGCUCCCGACUUAAUCUGGCGUUUCCCGAUUGCUUUCCAGUGCGUGUUCGGUGUAUUUAUUAUUGUUGGUAUGCUUGUUCUCCCUGAGUCUCCUCGCUGGCUUUUCACACGUGAGCGUUAUGAGGAGGGCGAGACCGUCAUUGCCGCAUUGAUGGGCGCCGAGCGAGACUCCCACGAAGUCAUUCUACAAAAGAACAUUAUCAUGGACGCCAUCCGUGCCUCUGGUCAAAUAGCCAAGACAACCCCUAUGUCGGCUGUCUUUACUGGUGGUAAGACCCAACACUUCCGCCGGAUGCUUCUCGGCGCUUCAUCCCAAUUGAUGCAACAGAUUGGCGGUUGCAACGCUGUCAUCUACUAUCUACCUAUUUUGUUCAGAAAUUCAGUCGGGCUAGAUGGCAGGCUUCCUCAAAUCCUGGGCGGAGUGAACAUGGUUGUUUACUCUAUCUUUGCUACGGCUUCCUGGUUCUUGAUCGAAAGGGUUGGCCGACGCAAGCUCUUCCUAUACGGCACUGUGGGCCAGAUGGUUUCUAUGGUCAUCACUUUCGCCUGCUUGAUUCCCGGCUCGACUGGUCCCGCCAAGGGCGCUGCUUUCGGUCUUUUUACCUACAUUGCUAGCUUUGGUGCAACUUGGUUGCCUCUGCCCUGGCUGUACCCUGCUGAAAUCAGUCCGAUCAAAACCCGCGCCAAAGCCAACGCACUUUCCACCUGUUCUAACUGGCUUUUCAACUUUUUGAUCGUCAUGGUGACUCCAAUCAUGAUCGCCAAAAUCAAAUGGGGGACAUAUCUCUUCUUCGCGGCUAUGAACGCUUGCUUCUUGCCUGUGAUCUACUUCUUCUACCCGGAGACUGCUCGUCGGUCUUUGGAAGAGAUCGAUUUGAUCUUCGCCAAGGGGUUCUCAGAAAACAUCAGUUAUGUUCGCGCUGCCAAAGAACUGCCUUACCUUACGGACGAGGAUGUCGAACGGGUGGCUAUCCAAUAUGGGUUUGGUAGCCCCGACCAGACCAAGGCCUAUGAGAACAGUGACAGCGCCGGUGAUGCUUCACCGAAUGAGAAUGAGAAAGCCACCACUCAUCAUGAGAUCUCUUAG